UGAUCCGGAGGGGUCUGAUGGACUCGAGUCGAGGCUCUCUUUACUGGCAGAGACCGUGAGGGAGUGUGAAGUCUCUCAGAUCGCGUUGGACUACAUCAGAACUGGAGAUUACCCAUUAAGAAAUAAUUUUGAGGACGUCCUGGGACAAGAGACCAUCCAAACCGCUGAUGGUGUGAAGACUGUCGGUCAGCAGCUGCUCUUCCUGCAGGAUCAGAUAAAACAAGAAAAAGAAGACAAAAAGAAAAUCAUUGAGAACUACACUUCUGAAAGGACAAUGCGGAAAAAAUAUUACAAUAUGGUUGAAGACAUGAAAGGUAAGAUCAGAGUAUUUUGUCGGAUUCGGCCGAUGAACCGGACUGAAGCUGCACAGGGAGGCGCGUCCGUCGUGGACAAAGUAGACGAUUUCUCCAUCACAGUGGAAACGCCUCGUGGGCCAAGAGAGUUCCUGUUUGAUAAGGUGUUUGGAGCCGAGGCCUCCCAGGAAGAUUUGUUCCAUGACACAAACAGACUGAUCCAGUCCGCUAUCGAUGGUUACAAUGUCUGUAUCUUUGCUUACGGCCAAACGGGCUCAGGGAAGACCUUCACCAUGGUGGGAGACAAGGAGCAGAAGAACCCCGGACUAAUGCCAAGGUCUUUCACCGCUAUAUUCGACAUGAUGAGGGAGAACAGCUGUAAAUUUGACUUCAAGGUUUCAGCCUAUAUGCUGGAGCUGUACAACGACAGGCUGCAGGACCUCUUUGUGAGCCAGGCCGGUGAAGCCCACGCACAAACUCAAACGCACAGCCCGGCCAGGCGGGUGGAGAUCAAGAGGAACAGAAAGGGCGUUGUGUUCGCCCAAGGAGCAGAGACAAAGGAGGCCUCCAGCGCUCAGGAGCUCUUCGCCCUGUUCCAGCAGGCCUGCGCCAACCGACACAUCUCUGCCACCAAGAUGAAUGUGGAGAGUUCCCGCUCCCAUCUCAUUGUUGGCAUCAUGGUGGAGAGCAGGAACCUGACUAAUGGGAGUGUGAGCACCGGGAAGCUGAGCCUUGUGGAUCUGGCAGGCAGUGAGAGAGCAGCCAAGACUGGCGCCAAGGACCACCAGCUCAAGGAGGCAAACUCUAUCAAUAAGUCUCUCUCUGCAUUGGGAGACGUGAUCUCAGCUCUGUCUGCUGAACUUCCCCAUGUGCCUUAUAGGAACAGCAAGCUCACACAGGUGAUGCAGGACUCUUUAGGAGGAAAUGCCAAAACCCUCAUGAUCGUGAAUAUCUCACCUUCAGAGUGCAAUCUUGAUGAGACUCUAACAUCUCUCAUUUAUGCAACCAGAGUGAAAUCCAUAACCAACAGCGCUCAGAGAAAUGUGGACAGCAAAGAGGUUGCCCAGCUCAAAGAGGUGAUCAUGAAGCUAAGGUUGGGACAGACGGUGGAGGAGGAAGACAUCUGAACUACACUAUACUUGGACCACUUCUGAUCUCCUGUAUGCAUUGAUCAAGUUUAACGCGCAUGUAUGAAGUCAUUCAAAUGUUGUGACACAUGAGAGGCCUGGAGACACCACAAUGGGGACACUGACGGCUCGCCGUCAGUCGAUUGCGUGCAGCGUCUCAAUGGGCACUGCCUGCUCGGAUCUGUAGAACGAGGGCCCCACGAUAUGAGGCCCCGGCUGAAAAGGAAAAUAGGAAGUCAGUCGGUCAUUCGGUUUGCACUUCUAUUGUUUGCAGUGAAAAAGCAACAUGUCUGUGGCCCAUUAGUGCCUGAGAAAUGACGUGUCCAUGGCGCAUGAUCUGC